AUGGACCUGACAGGAGAUGUCUGUGGACAAAGAUGCUAUCACACAUGGACUAAUAAGCAACCUGGUUCUGAUUUUGUCUCAAAAAAGCUUGAUCGAGUUUUGGCUAAUGGUGAGUGGUUCACUUCAUUUAGUAACACUGCAAUGGAGUUCCUUGAGAGGGGAGUCUCGGAUCACUCCCCUGCCUUAGUGACUGUAGCUAAGCCCGUUAGUAACGGUCCAAAAUCAUUCAAAUUCUUCAAUUUUUGGGCUGAACAUAAGAAUUUUUUGGAGUGGAUCGAGGAAGGUUGGAGGGUUGAGGUUUUGCAAGCUAGGUCUGAUCUAGCUAAGGCUCAAUCUAAGUUUCUUGCUUCACGAGAUAAUGCAGACUGUCAGAAAAAAGAGAGGGAAUGUUUGCAUUUACUGGUUUCUCUCUCGGCUGCUGAGGAGAAUUUUCUCAAACAAAAGUCUAGGGUUAAUUGGCUCAAUCUUGGGGAUGGUAAUAAUGCCUUCUUCCAUAAAUCUGUUAAGAUUAGGAACUCCUAUAAUCUUAUCAAGAUGUUAAAGGAUGAUAAUGGCAAUAGCAUUCUGGAUAUGCAGGAGAUUAAAGAGCUGGCUAUUACCUUUUAUAAGAACCUGUUGGGGUGUUCUUCUCGUGAGUUCUCUCCUAUUGAGGCUAAGGGGGUUGCCAGCCUUUUCAAGAAGAGGUUCUCUGUUGCUAGUAUAGAUCGAAUGGAAGCCCCUGUCACCAGAUCAUAA